AUGAUGAUGAUGAUAAAGUCAAUUGUCCUUCUUUCCAUUCUAUUGGCCACUGCGACUGCCUUUGCUCCCGUUUCAUUUCACCAGCAAAAGGUUCCCAGCAGUCAACAACUUUAUUCCAAUUAUGAAGACAACGACAAUGGUGUCGUGUUGACCCGCAUAUCAGAGGGUGACGAAGGGGUUCCCAUACCAUUCCUGGACGUCAAGGGAAAUUCCUUUAUUGAAUGUUACGCAGAUUCCAUUGCGACUGUAGAGGGAGUGGAUUACACCAUUGGAGUCCCCUGUGACUACUGCGUCGCCUUGUGUUACUUUGAAGGAGAAAACUUUUUGCCCGUCGAGUUGGACGAUAAAUUGAUGGACGAUAUCUUUCCUGUAGCAGAAAACAUUGUCGGCGAAGAAUUUGGAGAAGAGUUGGCUCUGCAACGAACGCCCCAAACCUUGACGUUGGUGGGUGAAUUGGACGACGAUAUUGAUGACGAAGAAGAAGACGAAGAUGAUGAGGACGAUGAGGAAGAAUACAAUGGUGAAGAAGAAGUUGAAGUGCUAUUGACCUUUGAACACAGAGGAACUGAGUUCUAUUUGGUCCGCUUGUUGGAUCCCGUUCUUUUGGUUGGCAAGACUGAUGCUGACCGACCGGACCUUAGAGUUUUGUUGACUCCAGAAGAAUCCGACAAGGUCAUGCCUUUCCUUGAAGAUGGGUUCCUAAAAGCCCACGAAGACAAUCUUCCAUAA